AUAAGGCACUAUGUGUGUAUUCCAGUGGUGGGUUGCCCCCGGUUCAGACCAGUUCACAAGAACCGGUAGUAAAACCAGCGGGAGGCUCCGCCCACUGACCCAGAUGUCAUCAGGAAGUUUCUGUGCAUGCAUGGUCCCAUUGCGAACCGGUAGUAAAGUUGGGAUGGAGAUUGAUGGACAAAUGGAGAGUGACACAGAAAGUGAAGGUUAUGAGUAUGAAGAAGAAGAGGAAGAAGAAAAAGUAGCCCCCAAAAAGAAUAUAAAGGAAAUUGCCAAGAAAAACAGAAAAGAGAGUUAUCAGAAAGACACUGAUGAUGAAAAUGAAGAGCUAGCAGUAUCCAGGAGGAAGAAAUCAAAUAAAAAGAAAAAACAGAAAGCAUAUAAUGAUGACAAAAAAAACAAAGAGGAGGAAACAAUAAAAGGGAAGGAAAAGAAAGACAAAAAGCAAAAAGAGAUUGAAAACAAGAAAGCAAAAGGAAAGGACAAGAAAAAGAAAGAAAAUACAGGUGAAAGUUCCCCCUCUUCCACUCCAAACUAUUCAGAUGAUGAAUCUCUCUCUGAAGAGGAACUGGACAAGCUAAAGGAACAGGUAGAAGAAAAGAAAAAACUCAUAUCUAUCAUACGAAACAAACCCUGGCACAUGGCAAAGAGAUUAACUGUGAUAAGGGAAGCUCAAGAUUUUGUAGAAAAAUUUGAAGGUGCUUUGGGAAAGGGAAAAGGAAACAAGUUAUACGCAUAUAAGAUGGUGUUGACAAAGAAAUGGGUCAAAUUUAAGAGAGAUUUUGAUAAUUUUAAGACACAAUGUAUACCUUGGGAAAUGAAGAUAAAAGAAGUUGAAAGUCAUUUUGGUUCUUCAGUGGCAUCUUAUUUCAUAUUUCUGCGAUGGAUGUAUGGCCUAAACCUGGUUCUGUUUGGCUUAAUAUUUGGGCUAGUUAUAAUUCCAGAGAUGUUAAUGGGUAUGCCAUAUGGAAGUAUACCUAGAAAAAUUGUACCUAGGGCUGAACAACCCACUGCUAUGGAUUUCUCUGUUCUUUGGGACUUUGAGGGUUAUAUUAAAUAUUCAGCAAUUUUCUAUGGCUACUACAACAAUCAAAGGACAAUUGGUUGGUUAAAGUACAGGCUACCAAUGGCAUAUUUCAUGGUUGGUGUCAUCGGCGUAUAUGGCUAUAGCCUGAUGGUUGUAAUAAGAUCGAUGGCCCGGAAUGCCCAUGAAGACACAGGAGAUGGAGAUGAUGAGAACUUCAUUUUUAGCUGGAAAAUGUUCACUAGCUGGGACUACCUUAUAGGCAAUCCAGAGACAGCAGAUAACAAGUUUGCAUCCAUCACAACUAGCUUCAAGGAGUCAAUUGUGGAUGAGCAAGAAAGCAACAAAGAUGAAAACAUCCAUCUAAGAAGAUUUCUGAGGGUUUUGGCCAAUGUACUUAUAAUAUGUUGCUUAUGUGGAAGUGGCUACCUCAUUUAUUUUGUUGUGAAACGAUCCCAGGCCUUUUCAAAAAUGCAAAACAUCGGCUGGUAUGAAAGAAACGAAGUUGAAAUUGUUAUGUCACUACUUGGAAUGUUUUGCCCGCCACUGUUUGAAACCAUUGCAGCCUUAGAAGAUUAUCAUCCCCGUAUUGGGCUGAAAUGGCAACUAGGACGCAUUUUUGCACUUUUCCUAGGGAAUCUAUAUACAUUCUUACUGGCCUUAAUGGAUGACGUCAAGGAAAAGCUGACUGAAGAAGGUGUGAUCAGGAACAUCACACAUUGGACUGUCCUAACCUUCCAUAACUCAUCUUCAAGGAAUGGAAGUGCUCUUAUUCUACCUCCAUUGGAUCCAGCUGAUGUGCCUCGAGGACCUUGCUGGGAAACAACUGUGGGAAUAGAAUUUGUGAGGCUUACCGUAUCUGAUAUUCUUGUGGCAUUUGUAACGAUCCUAGUGGGAGAUUUUCUUCGGGCUUGUUUUGUCAGAUUUGUAAACUACUGCUGGUGCUGGGAUCUCGAGGCUGGAUUCCCCUCAUAUGGAGAGUUUGAUAUUAGUGGUAAUGUGCUAGGUUUGGUCUUCAAUCAAGGAAUGAUCUGUGUGUUACCAGUUGCAUAUACCGUAAUGUCUCUGCCUCCUUCCUUUGACUGUGGACCAUUCAGUGGAAAAAAGAAAAUGUAUGAUGUCAUCCAAGAGACCAUCGAAUACGAUUUCCCACCUCUUGUAGCCAAAGUCUUAGGUUAUUUGGCAAAUCCUGGACUAAUUAUAACUGCAGUGUUGCUUAUGAUUCUUGCCAUAUAUUACCUGAAUGCUGUGGCUGAAGGAUACAAACAUGCCAAUGCAGAGUUGAAAAAGAAAAUGCAAAUGCAACGUGAAGAUGAUAAAAAUAAGAAUAAGCUUUCUGCCAAUUCUGCAAUGCAAGAACUAGAAGACUUCCCUACUCCAUAUGCAAAAAACAUAGAAGGACCCAAUGCAGCUAAAGAUAAGCCUGUGUCACCAAGCUAUAAAAAUCAUUCUGCAGAGAAAGAGACAAAUUCAAACCCUGAGAAAGGAAUGUUGUCAUCCUCACCUUCUGUGAUAAUGACCCAGCCAUUUACUCCAAAAAGAGGUGUGCCUUUCUCUAGUCAACUAAAAUCAGGAUCUUAUCCAAGGCGGCCUUAUCCAGGAAUUGGAGGCGGGGAACCUAGUAACGAUGGCAUAGAAGUAGUAAUAUCUACUAGAUCAUGAGCAUAAUGGUACUUAAUGAACUUGG